AUCCAUCCGCCCCGCAGGAGGAGGACCAUCCUAUUUCCUAGCAGCUAGCUUCGCUGCACACUUGCAGUUGCACUUCGUCGUCCCCAGCAAUCGAGAAUCUUUCACAGAUCGAUCGAUCGAUCCACCGGCCGGUGCAGCCCACCCCCCAGUUUUAAUUCAGUGCUGCGCUUGUAGCAUCUACCACUAGCUUUGAUAGUACAGCAGCAGAACUAGCAACGUUGGGAUCGAGUCUUGCUGGCCGGACCGCCGGAGGCAGCGGCGCACGUACAGUACAUGGACGCCUUCGGCUGGAGCACGCAGCCUACUGCGACCGUGCCGAGCUGCCCGAGCGACGACGCCCUCCUCGCCGCCUUCCUGGGCGCGGGCAGCUUCGAGGACCUCCGCUCCGCUGGCGCCGGCGAUGGCACCGUGAGCUCGGACGCCUACCACGGCGGCCUCGACCUGACGUCGUGCCACAGCGACCUGAGCCUCCUGCGGUGCCAGGACGGACCCACGCUUCCCUGCCACGGCGACGCCUCGUCCCACGCCUUCCUGGACUCUGUCGGCUGUCUCUUCCCGGCUCUCGCCGGCGCGCACGACGGGCUCCAUGACCGGUUCGCGUUCGUCCCCGAUGAGGCAGCACGGGCUGCUGGCUCGAACGCCGCCUUCUCCGGUUACAGCACCACCACCGGCGGCGGUGGUGGGAACGUCUCCUCCGGUGAGUCCAACACGUACGGCGGUGGCGGGCACGAAACGGAGGUGGCGUCGCCGCCGUGCGCCGUGUCUCGGCGGGCGCAGCAGAUUACUCAGCUUGCCCCGCCUCCGACGAAAAGGAACAAGGUGCCGGAAAAGCACCUGGCACCGGCAGCAAGCUUAACGGCGGCGGUGACGGUGGAGGCCACAGAACGGUGGGGUACGAACCGAGCCGCCUCGCCGACGACCAGCAUCGCGUUCGGGCAUAGCGGCGGCCGGCGCGGGUACGAGCCGGACACGGAGGCGAUAGCGCAGGUGAAGGAGAUGAUCUACCGCGCGGCGGCGAUGCGCCCCUUGCCCAGCCUGACAGGUGCCUCCGCCGGAGAUCCGACGCAUGAGCCGUCUCCGUCGAAGCCGCGGCGGCGCAAGAACGUGCGGAUAUCGAGCGACCCGCAGACGGUGGCGGCGCGGCUGCGGCGGGAGAAGGUGAGCGAGCGGCUGCGCGCGCUGCAGAGGCUGGUGCCGGGAGGGAGCAAGAUGGACACGGCGUCCAUGCUCGACGAGGCGGCCAGCUACCUCAAGUUCCUCAAGUCGCAGCUCGCCGCCCUGGAAGCCCUUGGCGGAGGCGGCGGCGGCAGCGCCGACGACGACGGACGGUACUCGUCACUGCAACGGUACACGGGAAGGAACUUCAACCCUUCGUCCCAUGGUAUCGGCGGCGCCGGCAGCACCGUGCUCUCCUUCGGAAGAGACGGCGUCGCUGGCUACGUGAAAUCCAGUAGGAACAUGAACAUGCAGUUGUAACAAAAACACAAGUUGCUAUGUUGAUGUCAGUGUGGUGACAUGAGAAGUAUAUCCAUCGAGAUGCCUCGAUCUGGCGUUUCAUGAAGGAUUGAUUGAUUGAUUGAUAUAGUAAAAUGUUCAGAUUUACCAUAUGUUGACAGGAAUAAAAAUGUGUGAUUUGGGGACCCUGUGAUUUGUACACUUAGGAAUCGACGGAAAGCACUGUAACUUGUAAUCAUGGAUGGAUUCUAGGUAGGUAGAUAUAUCAUAUAUAGUGUGCGUAGUUACAUCUAAGAUUGAUGGCUUGCUAAUCACCUUGUUUCGGAUGAUGUAAAGCUUAAGAAAAGAAAAUGAUGGAAAGGUGUGAGCUUUUGUCUA